AUGGAGACAUUUGUUACAUCGGAGACAUGUGGACGCUGGAAGAGGAAAUCUGCGACAUUGAGUGCUCUUGCAAUAAAUGGUCAGGAAUUGAUUAUUACCGAUGCAAUUACGUCACGUAUUCAAAAUCGAGGCAUACACGCAAGUGUGGUUUUUGGAACUGGAGAAGAUGUCCAUAUUACAGGAAGUCUAAAAGUACAAAAUCCAGGUGGUGCAGUCGGACAUGUCCAGACAGUGAACGGUGGUUGGGGUAGUUGGAAAGGGUGGACACAGUACACCAGCUGUACCAAUAGAGCAUUAUGUGGAUACGGGACACAGACUUUGGUCAGAAAAAGGCAGUGCAACAAACCAACACCACGUAAUGGUGGCAGAUACUGUAGGGGCGCUAAGCGAGAUUAUAAAUCAAAUUCAUGCUGGAUUAAACGCUGUCCAGUUCAUGGUAGAUGGGGAAAUCGGGGGUCCUGGAAGAAGAACGGAAAAUGUAGUAAAUCGUGUGGCUAUGGAACACAGAGAUACUACCAAACCAGGGCUUGUAUAGGACCAAAACACGGAGGCAGACCAUGUAGAAGGGCAACGGUCCAAUAUAAAAGCCAGACCUGUCUGAUUCGUCAUUGUCCAGUUCAUGGCAGAUGGGGGAAUUGGGGGUCCUGGAAGAAGAACGGAAAAUGUAGUAAAUCGUGUGGCUAUGGAACACAGAGAUACUACAAGACCAGGGCUUGUAUAGGACCAAAACACGGAGGCAGACCAUGUAGAGGGGCAACUGUACAAUAUAAAAGCCAGUCCUGUCUGAUUCGUCAUUGUCCAGUGAAUGGGAAAUGGACUCAAUUCGGACCAUUUACAAAGUGGACACCCUGUAAUAUCACAUGUGGCGAUGGUAUUAUUACUAGACAACAGGUCUGCAGCUGUAUGAAUCCCUCUCCUGCCCAUGGAGGCAGGCAGUGUUCAGGAUCAGAGAUCAACAUGGAAAGGAAACCCUGCAAUUCUAAACCCUGCCCAGUUAAUGGAAAAUGGACUGGUUUUGGGGCAUCUACAAAUUGGACUCCCUGUAAUGUCACAUGUGGCGGAGGCACCACCACGAGAAAACAGGUCCGCACGUGUACAAAUCCUGCUCCGGCCCACGGUGGAACACACUGCUCUGGGUCAAGUGUUAAAAUUGAAAAGAGGGAUUGUAAUUUGAAUCCAUGUCCAGUCAAUGGAAAAUGGAUUUUGUUUGGAUCUUUUACAAAGUGGACACCCUGUAAUAUCACAUGUGGCGGUGGUAUAACUACUAGACAACAGGACCGCAGCUGUACGAAUCCCUCCCCUGCCCAUGGCGGCAAACAGUGUUCAGGAUCAGAGAUCAACAUGGAGAGAAGAGCCUGUAAUUCUAAACCCUGUCCAGUUAAUGGAAAAUGGACUGAUUUUGGUGCUUUUACAAAUUGGACUUCCUGUAAUGUCACAUGUGGCGGAGGCACCACCACAAGAAAACAAGUCCGCACGUGUACAAAUCCUACUCCUGCCCACGGUGGAACACAGUGCUCUGGACCAAGUGUUAAAGUUGAAAAAAAGGAUUGUAAUUUGAAUCCAUGUCCGGUUGAAUAUAUGUUUUGUGAUCAAUAUGUAAUUGAUUUCUUACAUAUUGUAAAUUAUUGUGAAUCUGAUUUGUUAUACCGUCAAAUCACUCUGAUCUUGUAACAUUCAGGUCAAAAAAUUCUGCACCUACCCAUGGUAGAAAAACCUGGUCUGGACCAAAUGUUAAAAUUGAAAAGAACAAUUACAAUUUGAAUCCAUGUCCCGGUGAAAACCUUACUUUACGAUGUAAAAUGAAAUCGACAUCGGUUAUAUCGUAGAAAAAACAAUCGCGCUACUAUUCUUUUAAAAUUCAUUUUAGUUUUCUUGAUUGAUGUUCUAGUAAAUGGAAAAUGGACUUUGUUUGGAUCAUUUACAAAGUGGACACCCUGUAAUGUCACAUGUGGCGGUGGUAUAACAACUAGACAACAGGUCUGCAGCUGUACGAAUCCCUCCCCUGUCCAUGGCGGCAAACAGUGUUCAGGAUCAGAGAUCAACAUGGAAAGAAAACCCUGCAAUUCUAAACCCUGUCCAGUUAAGGGGAAAUGGACUGAUUUUGGUGCUUUUACAAAAUGGACUUCCUGUAAUGUCACAGGUGGCGGAGGCACCACCACAAGAAAACGGGUCCGUACCUGUACAAAUCCUACUCCUGCUCACGGUGGAACACACUGCCCUGGACCAAGUGUUAAAAUCGAGAAGAAGGAUUGUAAUUUGAAUCCAUGUCCGGUUGACGGCAUUCUAUUAUCUUAGGGCAGCUGAGUGUUAUCAAAGAGCUGUAGUACAACAUGUGGAAAUGGUUCGAAAGUUUAUGAGAGAAAACGUGUUUGUACACCACACACGUUUGGGGGAAAACCGUGUUCGGGAAAAAAUAGGGAAACGAAGACAUCAAAGUGUUUCCAAAGACAUUGCCAGUGAACGGAAAUUGGACACGGUUUGGGCUGUUCACAAAAUGGACAGUAUGUAAUGCUACGUGUGGUGGUGGAAGUAUGUUCAGACAACAAGUCCGAAGCUGUACAAAUCCUGCACCUGUGCACGGUGGAAUUAAUUGUUCUGGGUCAAAUAUCAAUAUUGAGACCAAAGAAUGCAAUUCAAAUCCCUGUCCUGUUGAAGGGAAAUGGUCUCCAUUUGGACCCUUUUCAAGCUGGACAACAUGUAACGUGACAUGUGGUGGUGGUUUUAUGUCAAGACAACGGGUUCGUAAUUGUACUAAUCCAGCACCUGCUUAUGGCGGAAAACCGUGUUCCGGAUCGAAGACUAACUCCGAGACAAAAAGCUGCAAUAUAAACCCUUGUCCAAUCGAUACAACACCAUCGACAACUGCUGAACCAGAAGUGAGUGGGGGGAAAUCAGAGACAACAUCGGGUAAAAUGGCUGAAUUGACCACGAUGUCCAAUACUGUCACAUCAAUAGACAAGGUACCAAAGUUGAAACUAAAUGGCACAACCGAAUCUCCUGAUAAGAAAACAGGGUUAACAAUUCCAACCACUGUUGCUGAUAGCUCUGAGGAGAAAACUACAAUAUCUAAUAUUGAGAUAACUAACGGGAAGACAUUGAAUGCGGUAGUAAAUACUACCGGUAUAUCUCCCAAAGACAACGUGAAAACAUCAACUUCAAAUCCAAUAUUACCCACUCCUAUAUCAACGGUAACCCCCGAGUUAGGAAAAAGCGGAAAAACAACCUGGAAAACUCUAGAUAACCAAUUGAAGAUUACUACUUCAAACGUGAUGUCAUCUGCGAAAGCACCAACUACCACUGCACCACGCAAGCCAACAAAACUGAAAUGCAUUCAUGGAGCUUCGAGGGCUGACCCAAAUAGUUGUGGGAAUUAUUUUCUCUGCAAUCACGGAACAGAAACUCGAAUGUCGUGUCCAAUUGGAACAUUCUGGGAUGAAGCUAAAUUGAACUGCAUGCAUGCUGAUAAUGUCGAUUGUAAGAAAAGACCCACUUCUUCACAAAAUAAUAACAAAGGUAAAGGUGCGACAUUCAAAUCACCAAAAUCGAGAUGCAAGAACGGGGUUUCACGAGCUGAUCCAAUUAGCUGUGCUAAAUAUUUCCUCUGCAAUCACGGAAAAGAAAUCCAUAUGACAUGCCCAUUUGGAACGCUUUGGAAUAAAACUAAAAUGAAAUGUGUGUAUGGCGAUGAUGUAGUCUGCGGGAAGCGACCCAUUCAUUCCAAAACCAAAACAAAAGAUGACCAUUCAUUCGAUUGUCCGAAACAGUUUGGAUUCUUCGCGAAUCCCAAGGAUCCAUCCAAGUACUUUCGCUGUAUAUGGGGAAAACCUCACGAAAAAUCGUGUCCAAAAAUACAAAAUGGAAUUCAAAAAAACAAUGUUUGCAUCUGGGCAUGAAAUAUAUCAAUAAAUAUAAACUUUA